UCAGUGUGUUAGCAGUUAGCAGAUUAGCUCUGUUUUGUUAAUCCAUUAGUCAACAUGUCUGACAGAAGGAGCGUCGUCUUGCUCUCAGCGCUGCUGGUUCUGUCGGUGUCAGCUUUUGUCGAGGAGCUCGAUGACACUUUCAUGGAGAUGAAAGAAGCUGACGACAUCUGGCUCAUCAAGUUCUACGCCCCCUGGUGUGCGUUCUGCAGACAGCUGGAUCCGGUGUGGCAUCAGAUCGGAUCAGAACUUCGGAGUCUUGGCUCUCCGGUCCGAGUGGGAAAGGCAGACGCCACCUCCAACCCAGGUUUGGCCAAAGAGUUUCAGGUCAGGGUUUAUCCAGCCAUCCACAUGCUGAAGAAAGAUGUGAAAUAUAGUUAUUCAGGACCGAGAACCAGAGAUGCCAUCAUGGACUUCGCUCAUCGAGUCGGAGGGCCGCUGGUUCGAUCUCUGAGCAGCCUGCAGCUGUUCCAGCACGCCAUGAACCACCAUGAUGUUAUGUUUGUUUAUGUUGGAGCCACAUCACAGCUGAAGGGUAACUUCUCUUCAGCAGCUCAGGAUCUGAUCGUCCACACGUACUUCUUCUCUUCAACCAGAGAUGCCCUGCCCAAGGCGGUGUCUCUACCGUCCCUGCCAGCGGUGCUAGUCUUUAAAGAUGGAACCUACUUCAGUUACGAAGAGGAACAAGACGGCGAUCUGAAGUUGUGGAUCAACAGAGAACGUUUCCCGAGCUACCAGAGGAUCGACAGCUACACUCUGUACGCCAUGGGAGACUCAGGUAAACUGGUGCUGUUGGCGCUGGUGGAGGAGAACAGUCUGAGUGAGGAGGGUCUCAGGUAUAAAAGUCUGGUGGAGAAAGUGUCAGAAGAGCACAGAGUGACAUACAGCAGGAACUUUUACUUUGGUUUCAUGGAGGGGAGCGACUACAUUGAGGGACUUGUGAUGGGGGACGUGUCUCUGCCAUCAUUCAUCGUGGUUAAUCUGUCCAAUGAUGGCUACUUCCUGCCGCCGGGCGCCGUGGAGACGGAGCGCCACCUGCUGGACUUCCUGGAUGGCGUCCUGGACAGCAGCAUCGAGGGUCAGGGAGGAAACAGCGCCGCUCAGCGCCUCCGGCGCCUCGUCUAUGACAUCAGAGUGACACUGACGCUGCUGUUCAGACAGACGCCACUGCUCGGCAGCUUCCUGCUCUGCUUCCCGAUCGCCGUCUUCUCCAUCUUCUUCUAUCUCUGCUGCAAGAACCACGCCGCUGGCGUAGACGAGGACGAAGACAGUACAAGGGACAAGAAGUCAGACUGAAGAGGACCAGGAGGACAUCAUACUUCAUUGUCCAAUGUCUCUGAACCUGUCUCUGACCUGUCUCUGAACCUGUCUCUGACCUGUCCCUGAAUCUGUCUCUGAACCUGCCUCUGACCUGUCCCUGAAUCUGUCUCUGAACCUGUCUCUGAACUGUCUCUGAACCUGCCUCUGACCUGUCCCUGAAUCUGUCUCUGAACCUGCCUCUGACCUGUCUCAGAACUUGUCUCUGGACCUGUCUCUGACCUGUCCCUGCACCUGUCUCUGAACCUGUCCCUGAACUUGUCUCUGGACCUGUCUCUGACCUCUCCCUGAACCUGUCUCUGAACCUGUCCCUGAACCUGUCUCUGACUUAUCAAACUAUUAAAACAAAAUAAAAAUAAUUUCACCUU